AUGCAACAACCGCCAGAACUUCAGAACUGUUGUAACUGGACAAGUGGCAAUGCUGCCAUUGAUGAGAUUAUCCGAAGGACUCAGCUGCAAACAAGAGACUUCUCCAAACAUUGGGAAUGGAUUGAUCCUCAACGUCUAGAGAGCAUCACUCAUUUCAAGGAUGGCGGUUUUGGCUCGGUUUAUGUAGCAGCAUGGAAAGAUGGGAGACGGAAUUAUAAAAAUUGUACAAUAAAUGAAAUGACCAGAUCUGGACCUAUGUUAGUGGUUCUUAAAACCACGCACGACUUUGAUGAAUGUUCACCGGCUUUUCUUAACGAG